AUGAAAUUCCUAGUCGUCUUUGCCGCGGCCUUCGCCCUGGUUAGCGCUGAUGUUUCCCACAUCGUAAGAAUCGAUGAAUCUCAAGCGCCCAUUCUCAAGUCUGAUUUUGAUAUCAGCCCCCAAGGAUCUUACCAAUGGGAAUAUGAAACCGGCAAUGGCAUCUCCGCCCAGGCUGUAGGUACCGUAAGGAACCCCGAAUCUGAAAUUGCUUCUAUUGAGGUUAAGGGAUCCGCCCGUUACACCUCCCCUGAAGGAGAGCCCAUUGAACUGACCUACGUUGCCGACGAGAACGGUUACCAUCCCCAGAGCAACUCCAUCCCCGUGCCCCCACCGAUUCCUGCGCUCAUCCUGCGCAGCUUGGAGUACAUCGCAGCCCACCCCCCACCACCAGCACCAGAGUACGUCAGGAAGCCCCUCAACUAA